GUGGGAAGGGGCCACGCGGGCGGGCUGUACCGAGAACUCCGGGGUGGGCACGAGGGAGCCAGCACAGACUAUGGUCUAGGAGGAAGGACCGCGCUCAGGCAGGGCUGCGUCCCCCAGGCCGGGCAGCCCUGUCCCCAACCCCUCGUCCCGGUCUCCAACCCGCCACUUUUGGACCGUCAAACGCCCCUCGCAGCCUGUCCUGACCCUUAGAAAGAGACAAAAGGCGAAAACCCUGAGAUUCCCAUGGGGCGGCACGCCGCCUGUUCCAAACAGGGCAACUUUGGAUCUGUUCAUCCUGAGUGGGCCUCCUUGUUCCCUGCCCUAGCGGAUUUGACUCCAACCAGUGGCAGAGACAGAAGACCUUAGCAGGAUCCAGGAGAACUGGUGGUUUCUUAGUCCCUAGAGGACACGCCCCAUGCCUUCCUUGUUUACUAAGAAGUGGAUUGGUCAGGAAUCGCUAAGGCCCAACCGUUGUUUUCUUUUUUAACUCGUUGGCUCUUUUGUUUGUUUGUUUUGUUUUGUUUUGUUUUGGUACAGAGCAUCACUAGAGAGCUAUUCAGAAAUAUAGCCCAUUCACUGAAUUUAUUCAAGUGAUCAGCUCUUUUUCUAUAAUUCUCCUCCUCCCCUAACCCCCAUUAAGAUCAGAUCUCCACAGAAAACCCAAUUUGGGGAAUACUUCGCUUUGUUCUUUCACAUUCUUCCCAAAUUCUACUACUACUGUCAACAACAGUUAAAUUAUUAUCAUAUAUAGCCAUUAUUUAUUAUUACGAAGAAAUCCUGGGUUCUCAUUUAAGAAAAGACAGAAUGAAGGAUUUUAAUUAUUGUAUGAAAAACAGUUAUGAAAUGAACUGAGAUUACCCGCCAACGCCGCCCCCCCCCCCUUUGCUGGAGUUGUAGAUUAAACGUCAUUCACCAUAUAUGUGUUUUUCAGGGUUUUUUGUUUUGUUUUGUUUUCAGCUCGUUUUUCAAGACUCCCAGUACAGUGAGCUUUUAAUUAACAAAGCUGGUGUUUAUAGAGACUUAGAUUUAAAACGUUUUCAUGCUUGAUGCUUUCUAAAAAGCAUCCUGCAAAAGGCAAUUGGUAUAAAGAUGUGGCAGAGCGCAAUGUGUGUACUAAACCAGAGACUGAUUGCAGGCAAACUAAUCUAAAAUUAGGCAGUGAUAUACUGGUCUACCAAGGGAGCUCGGAGUUCCGCAAAGAAUCGCUCUGUGUUUGUUUAAGUAUGAGUGCUACCUUUUGUCUGUCAUGUUUGUAAAGGUGCUUUCAUUCAAGGAGCAGACCGUGUCCUUGGAAACCCUAGCAACAAGGUCAAUAGAAUAAUAAUUCAAGGAACAGGAAUCAGGUCAAGGUAUUUUUAAUUAAAAACUGGAUUUGCCAAAAGAACAUGAGCAAGCCAGUCAAAACAAAUUUCAGCAUAGCCUCCAAUGGUAAAGCUCUCUCUUUCUCUCUCUCUCUCAUACACACACACACCAAAGCAUAAAGGCAGUGGGAGAGAAAAUAAGCCAAAAGUGAAACCUGGCUAUUGGUGGAAGGCAGUCACCUUCCAAUCCUGUGCUUACUCAGAGCCCCUGUUCUGUAAACCAUCUCAUGGGUCACCAGAGGAGCCCUUGGAGACCAGGAGGGUUCCCUUGGAAUCACACUCCUACAUACUUUACAAGGGAUACCUCCACCCCUAGCUGUCAUGCAGGCCAGCCUCUGCUAUCCAAGAGCAGCCCCUAUUCCAGGAUGAAUAAAUAUAAACCAGUUCCCAAGCUCUCUAGCCAGUCUCCCAUCUAUCACACCAACUUGAGGAUCCCGCCUUCAGACAGACCCUUUAAGAAGGAAGACUUAAACCUGAUUUCAAAAGACUCCUUAGAAUCGGAUUCAGAAGGCCUCUCUCAAGAGGCUAAGCCCUGGUCUGAUAUUAAGGACAAAAUCCAGGACAAAGAUAUGGAGCCUGACAGCUUGGAGGAGGACAGCCCAAGUGAGACAGAAGAGGCAGUGAACAGAAAAGUAGCCCACAACACUAACAGGGAAGACCUAGGAGCUCAUGGUGCUGGUGUGAAUCACAGCCAACAUCGGGUAGAAGACAAAUAUUCAGACCUCCGAUAUGAUCCCAAUUGGAAAAGUAAAAGAGAAGAGGGACAGCCAUUGGCUGGGGAAGCAUUGCCAGGGUCUGCAGAUAGCUCUUCAGAAAACCUGCCUUUGGCUCCACUCUACCCUUCCAGAGAGCCAUCCAUGGGAUUCUCCGUAGGGAAAGGCAAAGAGAAGAGGAGUCCUCAAAGCGAAGCCUCCUUACUUGGAAGCGAAUUUCUAAGCCCAAAGUAUGAAUGUGGCACCCGUCAAAAUGAGUUCUUCUCAGAACUAAGCGACAGUGACCAGGAGGAGAAAUCUAGUGACCUGUCUCGGUACCUAAAAAGUUCAAGCUCACACAACGAAGUUUUCCUGCCGGGGUCGCGUGGCCCGCGCAGAAGGAAGUCCAGACCAUAUUUUGUGGAAAAAAACAAGCUGACUUUGGGAUUACCCACGCCUAAAACAGACUCUUACCUUCAACUUCACAAUAAAAAGAGAGGAGAGACUCGCCUCGAACAGGAUACAGCAGAAAAUAAGGCAUAUAUAGAGCACCUAUCUAUCCAGGAGCCUGCUUUCCAUCCAUGUGACGCAGACCAGAAACAGAUUUCCUACCCCAUCAGAGAUACUGGCAAGACGACUGUCCAGAAUGACAAAGAAGUCGAAAACACUUUCAUGGAUCCUGAGGACAAAUGGCAUCAGAGAGCAGAACAGCUCAAGAAUUACCAAGAGCAUCUGUCUCGGUAUGAAGAUACAAAAUCAGGCAAUGUCCCAAGAGGUCAGUCUUCUGAUGCAGCCAACGGCCAGCAACCUUCCAAAAGAACAGCCAAGUCCAGGGUUCGGAAACAGAGGAAACACCGGAAUGACCUGAAAUCUCUUGGAACAAAAGAGCUUGUUGCCAGUCAAAAUAAUCAGAAUAACCCUCUCCACCAACCACAAAACCAAAGGCAGCCUGUGGAUGCCUCAGCAAAGCAGGAGCUGGCUGCACAAAUGAAUGCUUCUAAUCCCAAUUUACAGGACUCCAGAGUGCUCACCCACAAUCCCAACAUCACCUCCGACCCUUCUGUUCCACCCAAGCAGGCUUUUGACAGAGUGUUAUAUAAAAACUCUGUCUCGGGACGGAAUGCUAAUAAAAGACGAGGACACAGACGUGAGGAAGAGAAGAGAAUUUUGAAUCGGCCGCAGUCCAUCUACAUGUUUUCUGAUAUAGAUCUGCAGGACUUUAAUGAAGUUCCUCACAGACAAGAGUCUCUGAGCCAGAGAGCCCCUCAGUCUGAUUACCACAUGAACACACACAAGUCAAGGAAGACAAAGAAGCCAGCUGAACAACCUCAGGCACAGACGAAAUACAAGAACAUAGAGAUGCUCUGGAAAUUCCACUCUUCCUCAGACAUGGAGCCCGCUAGUGCCUCUCCAGACUCCCGGCUUGCCCAGAUCAUGGAGCAGCACCAGCAAGCCUUGAUGCAGCUGGCAGAGGUGCAGCCCACUGAGGGCUCCUUGUCCAGCAUCAUACUCCCGCCUAUCCUGUCCAGGGUAGAAAGUGAAUCACAGCUCAAUUCAGAGAGAAGCCACAGACACCAGAUGAAGAUGGCCCGUAGUAAUUCGGAAGGCUACCUGCUUCAGCUGGAGAGAGGGAAGAGACACGGGAAGCGAAGCAGCACAAAGGUCCUCUCUUGGAAGAGUCUACACUGCAGGUAGGCAACAGUAAUCCUGCUUUUAUCCUCAGUUCAACCAUCACUUUUCCUCACCUGAACCUUUCUCUUAAAACAAGUCUCACACCCUCCACCACUGAUUCCUUGUCAUCAAACACGCCUCUUGGUGUGCAUCUCAACUCAGCUUCCACAGCAAAAUAUCUAGGCCACUUGGUUUUCACUGAAUUCUUAUCUAGAGUUUGGGUCAAAAAGUAGUGAGCACUUUUGCACCGUUCAGUCUCUUCCUAUUUUGUUAAAAGCUACCUUUUUAAUUCUCAGGACGACCACUAGCUUCCAGGGCGCAAUAAUGUAUUUUUGGUUUUCACUACUAUAAUAAAAUACCCAAGGCAGGUUAUUUUAUGAAGAAUUUUGUUUAACUCAUGAUUCUGGGACAUGGAAAGAGAUCCUAUUAGCCUGGCACCAGAAGACCCCACUUCCAGUGUAGACAAGGAGGCCUGAGUUCUGGGACUCACAGGUCACUGCUUUUCCCAGAGAAACAUCAUUGCAUGACGGUUGGGUUCUAAAGUACUGCUUGUACCACUUUCAAGUGUUUCUCAAAUAAACCAAGACUGGGAAGCAGGCAUCACUCACAUCAUUUCCAUGGAGACAUACAAUCAGCCUUUGCAACCCACACUUCUGUCAGCAUAGC